AUGCCUGGUUAUGCCACAUUUACGAAAGAUCUUGUGACCAAGAAGAGGUCGAUGAACUUUGAAAAAAUCAAUUUCACUCAACAAGUGAGUGAAAUUGUUCAUUCCAUGGCUCGCAAGUUGGAGGAUCACGAUGCUUUCACAAUUCUUUGGAAUGGGAGACCAAGUCCCACAUCUAUGAGGCUUCAAAUGGUCGAUCGCACAAUGAAGAGACCGUUAGGAGUGAUUGAGGAUGUAUUGGUCCGAGUUGAUAAAUUUAUUCUUCCGGCAGACUUUGUGAUUCUAGAUUAUGAGGUUGGCUAUAAAGUGCCUGUCAUUCUUGGGAGGCCUUCCCUUUCUAUGGGUAAGGCUCUUUUUGAUGUUGAAGAGGGAGAACUCACUUUUCGGGUUGGUGAUGAACAAGUAGUAUUUCAUGUGUAA